GUGAAUAGUGUUCCCUAUUUUUCAAAACAGAAGAGAGCCGUAGUGAUGUCGAAAACAUGAGGCCUGACCAGCACAAACAGAAAAAAAGUCAGCAAUAUAAAAAGAAACAUGGAAUUCCUACCAAAGGCAAAGAGCACAAAGAAAACAAAGGACAAGAACAUGGAACGAAGAAAACGGAAUCACACUUGAAUCAUCAGAAAGAUUUUACAAAUAUAAGGAAAAUAUUUUGUAUUACGAACGUUAAACAAUGUAUAGUUGUCGUGGAAUUAAAUCCCGACUACCAGGUGAGUGAUUCUGAAGAACUUGACAGUGUUUCUAAGCCUUUAUUUCGACGGAGAAAACUUGCCAGUAAUUGGGAUCGUUAUGCUCCUUUACCACCAGAAGAUGAAGAUGAUGUGAAACCUCAGCAGAUUGGUGUUGACUUUGUAAGCUUGCUCAGUCAAACAGCUGAUUCUUUGUCACAGUUUCGAUUUAAAGACGAAAAAGAAUGGGAAGAUGAGAAAUCAAUUAAUUCAAGUUUUGUUGCCUUAAAUUGUGAAAAGCUUGCAGAAAGCCUUCAGUGCAUACCACUCCAUGAGCGGCUUGCUCUUCCUGUUUCAUUAUUCAGUCCAGAUCAGAUUGAUGCUUUCUUUACUGCAGCAGCUGCAUAGGAAGCCAAAUAUCUGCCAGAUUCUGGCAGUACCAUACUUCAAGAGUCACUGCCAGUAUUUAGUCAUAAAACAGUAGAGACUAUAUUAUCAACUGGAUUUCAGGUUCCUGAAACUGAUGAGAAAUGGCUUGUGCUGAAACUACAGGGGAAACAGAUCUAAAUGAGAAUCAAGAUAAAUCUGCAAAUAUAGUCGAACCAAAACAAACUUCUAAUGAGAAUGACUGUAAAACUUCCGACAUUGUUCUAACGCAGUGUGAGAUUGAAGUUGAUGCACUUUUAUCAAUGGGCAGUUCGAAAACAGAUGUAAAUAUGGGCAAUCAGCAAUUAAUGCAGAAUGAUACAUCCUGUAAACAAUCCAAGGAUGAAGAAUUAGCACAGAUUAACGGCCCAGAAACUUUACCUAAGAAAACGGAAAAGCCAGCCAUCAGAAGAAGACUAAUAGCCACUACCAUGUGAAGUUUGUCAGGAAAACAUGAAAACUUUCAAAACUGUGCUCAGGAAAGAUUAAUUUAGUUCAGCUUAUUUUCCCUUUUCUUAAGGCAUGACUAAAUUAUCUUAAGCAAUUGAAACUGGUAGCAUAUUUUGAUAAAAAUAAUAUGUUAGUACUGCAACAUCUUCAUUGGAAGAUUGGCUCGACAGUGUACUGGAUGAUUAGCUAUGUGUUUUUGUUGCUGUUGACUUGAAAAAAAUACUCAGAAUAAAAGACAUAUCUAUGGAUAGCAGAUUUCACAAGAAGACACCACUAAUUUGCUGACUCAAUAAUUCCAUUGGUACCUAAAGGAAAAAGAAAUAAUAACAAAUAAAAUAUCUGUGCGUGUAUGAACUUUUAUCUGUAUACAUUUUGCUGGCUACUAACUUACACUUUAUGUUACUGAAAUCCUUUUACAAUGCAAAUCUAUUUUUGUGAAAUAUGUUUGUAAAAUACAUUAUUUAUUGCAAUGAAGGUAAAAAAAAAAAACUAUCAAAGCAUUUUACAAGGCAAUUGUCAUAUAAAGAGUUAAAAGUUGUUUGCAAAAUAAAAAAAAAUUGUUUUACUUUUACCUUA